AUGGGCAUGAUACAGACUGAGACGCCUUAUUAUCAGCCAACUCCCCAAGCACCUAAGCCCUUUGAAGCAAGCGUUGGUCUCUUCGCCAACGAUCCUACUUUCAAGGCAUGCAAGGACGACCGCUGCCGCAUGUCAUUGGCCGUCCGCGUUCUCGAUUCCACUGCCGUCUACAUCCUAGGAACUGGCCUGUAUAGCUGGUUCUAUAACUACAAACAGGACUGUGUCAAAAGACAAAACUGCCAGACGAAAGGAUUCGAGGUCGAGGAGAGCUAUGAUCUCUGGGUCUAUAACCUAUGCACGAAAGCCAUUAUUGAAAUGGUGUCUCCUCGAAAUAGCACUCCUACAUAUGCUCGUGAUAACGUCAAUGGCUUUCUGUCGUCUAUUCUUGCAUGGCUACAAGGUUCGAAGGAGGUAGCAGGGAAAAGGGCGUUUCCAGGUUUCCUCAUCCACCAGCCCGAUGAUGUUAUCGAGUUUGAUGUCCCGGAAAACUGCCAGACAGCCCUUACACAACGUGUUUUGUGUGACUGGGACGUGUCGGAUUUCACCCGACCAAAGUAUCGAGGUUCCUCGAAAGCAGAACUGGCCUGUCGGGGAUACACACUUGGCGGCGCUGUUCCCAUGCUCUGGGCUGGUUAUAUGUGGGCAGGCUACAACGAAACAUGCCUGAAGGAUAGUUCUGGACAAUACUGCAAUGAUGUCAUCAGCAAGUUUACAAGAGUCUCUGACUACACGAAAAUGCCGCGAGGAGAGAUGUGCUCGACAUGCUACGUUGAACGGCUUGCGAUGAUGCAAGCUUCUCCUUAUUCCAUCUACGACGACUACUACGAGAGACAACUUCAGUAUAUUUAUACUAAAUGCGGCCUUAAAGGCAACACAACAGUACCAAACUCAUUGAUGCCUGAGCUAGAAGACAAUUCUCUUGACUGUGGCACGGAUGAGUGGUACACGACUAGCACUGGCGAAACUUGUGACUCGAUUGGACUCAAGCGCGGCGUAUCAAUCGCUUCUCUCUUCAUUGUGAAUCAAUACCGCCUGCCCAACUGCAGCGCAGAUGCAAUGAUUGAGCCCGGUACCAAGCUCUGCAUGCCUGCAAAGUGCGACCGUGUUCAUCAGCUGCGAACUGAGGAGGAUUGCCAUCUACUUGAGUCUAAUGCGACCAACAAACUGCUUGAGGGGGAUAUACAGCUCUAUAACCCGUGGGUCGGUUACAAUUGUAUCAACCUGCAGGAAUUUACUGCCGUAUAUGGGAACAUCAUAUGCUUUGGCCCCGAAUUCGAACAGAACAAUACCUCGUCCAACAGCACCGAUACCACCACGCCUCAACCAUUCAACCCAUACACCUACAACAAGAUUGCUCCUCCUAAGGAUGCGAAAGUACCCCAGGGUACAACGGAACGUUGUGGCCGGUGGUAUGUUGCAGGCAAGGAAGACUCGUGCGCUCAUAUUUGUGCGGUGUCAAGUAUCGAUAUCGAUCUGUUGUUCAUGGUCAAUACCGGACUGGGCACCGACGCGGCGGCAUGUUCAGCGAAACUCGUGGCUGGCAACGCGUACUGUGUAGGACCGAACCAUGACUGGAAGGUUCCUUAUCCCCAAAGAACUUCAGUUUCUACAACGAUUUACAUUACGGACGGUUAUGUCUGGCCUGCUGAGACAGGUCAGUGA